GUUAUUUUUGAGGGGCUAUUGAGUAAAAAUAUCUUGCAAAAGUGCUUCAUUCUCAAGAAUGCAGCACCCUCGUGCUUCUCUUCUGGGCGACCAUCGCCAUGCUGACACUCCCGGCGCCACCCAUUCAAGCUCCGCCGUGCUCGCCGGAGUCGCAGCUCGCACUCCUCCAUCUCUGCAAAUCACCGCGAGAUCUCCACCAACUCCACGCCUUCUCCAUUAAAUCCGGCCUCUUUCUCUCCCCCUCCGUCUCCGCUCGCUUCCUCAGCCUCUACUCCCGCCCCGACCUCGGCACCCUCUCCGAGUCCCUAUGCCUAUUCUCCCAUCUCCCCCGCACUGACUCUUUCUCCUUCAAUGCCCUUAUCAAGCGCUAUGUUGCCGAUCACCAACCCCACCUCGCGCUCUGCCUUUUCCGCGACAUGCUCUCCAUUCCGGGAGCCACUCCCGAUGGCUUCACCUUCCCGUUGAUCAUCAAGGGCUGCGCGCAGGUAGACGCCGUUCACGAAGGUAGGCAAAUCCAUGCGCUUGUUUUCAAACUUGGUUUUGCUUUAGAUGGCUUCGUGCAGUGUAGCCUCGUGAGCUUUUACUCCAAAUGCGGUGACAUGUGGUCUGCCCAUCAGGUGUUUGAUAGAAUUCGUGACAAAGAUUUGGUUACGCGGAACUCGAUGAUUGAUGGGUAUGUUAAAAGCGGGGAGAUUGAUAUUGCCAAGCGACUGUUUGAUGAAAUGCCCGAGAGGGAUUUGUUCUCAUGGACUUCGUUGGUGAGCGGGUAUUCCAGAUGUGGGAAGGUUGAGAUUGCCAGGGAGGUAUUUGAUUUAAUGCCUGAGAAGAGUGUAGUUUCUUGGAAUGCCAUGGUUGAUGGGUAUAUGAAGAAUGGGAAAGUUGAGGCUGCAAGAGAGUUGUUUGAUCAGAUGCCAGAGAAGAAUGUGGUGUCAUGGAAUUCGAUGAUUACUGGGUAUGAGAAAGCUGGGUUCUUUAAGGAAGCGACUGAGGUUUAUGAUGAAAUGCUCACAGAAGGAGUGAAUCCAAGCUUUGUCACAUUUGUUAGUGUCCUCUCUGCUGUGUCUGGUCUGGCACUUCUCGAAAGGGGGAGGCUGAUUCAUGAGCAUAUUUGUAGGAAUGGGCUCAGUUUGAAUGGUGUUCUUGGCAUUUGUCUCAUAGAGAUGUAUUCAAAGUGUGGGAGCAUUGAAAGUGCUAUCUCUUUGUUUGAGGAGAUUUCUAGAAAGAAGUUGGGGCAUUGGACUGCGAUGAUUGUGGGAUUAGGACUACAUGGUAUGGCAGAUUCAGCUUUCAAGUUCUUUUCAAAGAUGGUGAGAAUUGGAAUGAAGCCUAAUGCUAUAACAUUUAUUGGAGUAUUGAAUGCUUGUAGCCAUGCAGGAAUGGUAGAUGAGGGUCAUUGGUAUUUCAAACUCAUGAGGGAGAGAUAUGAGAUUGAGCCGACAAUGGAACACUAUGGUUGCUUUAUAGACCUUCUUUGCCGAGUUGGUAAUUUAGAUGAGGCAAGGGAUGUGAUAAAUGAGAUGCCCAUGAGGCCAAAUAAGGUAAUUUGGAUGACUUUGCUCAGUGGAUGCCGGAAACAUGAGAACAGCAUCAAUAUUGCUGAGUUUGCUGUGCAAAAUAUUAUGGAACUUGACCCUGGGGCCACUGGAUGCUAUGUUCUAUUGUCCAACAUAUAUGCUGCUUCUGGCCUUUGGGACAAUGUCUCAAAGUUACGACAAAAGAUGAAGGAGCAGGGAGUCAGGAAGGAUCCUGGGUGUAGUUCCAUGGAAUUCAGGGGCAAAGUUCAUGAGUUUUUAGUAGCAGAUAGAUCUCAUCCUCAAACUGAAGAAAUAUAUAACAAAUUGAAUGAGAUGGGUUUGCUACUGAGACAUGCUGGAUAUAUUCCUGAUAAAACUCAGGUGCUCUUGUGUGUAAAUGAGAAAGAAAAGGAGACUGAAUUGUCACUCCACAGUGAAAGGCUGGCAAUUGCUUUUGGUUUGAUCAAUAUUGAGCAAGGGAGACCAAUCAGAAUUGUCAAGAAUUUACGUGUUUGCAACGACUGUCACAAUGUAACCAAGCUCAUUUCACGUAUUUAUGACUGUGAAAUUGUUGUGAGGGACAAUAGUCGAUUCCAUCAUUUCAGCAACGGAAAAUGCUCUUGCAUGGAUUUCUGGUGAUUUGUCCUCGAAGGUUGUUUUUCGUAUUCAUAGAUCAGUCUUGGUACAAUUUUUGUUCUUCUUCGAUGUUGAUUAAUUUUUGGAGAUGAAUGAGUGUGCAAAAAGUAAACAGUAAGUUGUGAAAAGCUGCAGUAUAUGGUUUUCAAUAGAAUUGGGAAGCUGAAGAAGUGAAUAUGGAAACCAAAAUGGAUAUCUGUGUAUACUAUGGAUUUUUGAUUGACUGGGGAUUGAAGAGGACUGAAAGAAGGAUUUUCGCCAGCUUUAAGAUAUUCCCAAAUUUAUGAAAUUGACCUGUAGAUUGUUUGUUGUUUUGGUCAAUGGCAUUUUAGUUUUGCUGGAACAGUGAAAAACAAGUUGAGUAUCAGAAAUUUGUAUAAAUCGCUCAGAUUUUUGUGUAUGAAUUUGAGAAUGAUGGAUUUUUCA